ACGAAAAAUAGCCUCGCCACCUCAUUGCGCCUCCCAUUCCUCCCACUAACCUAUAUUCUCUAGUAUCACAGUCUUCAGAAUUUUUACGACCAUGGACGUUGAUAUGAAGACCAAAGACGAGGUUGACGAUAAGCGCGAGAAGGACAAGGAUCGUGACUUUGACCGUGAACGCGAACGCGAACGCGAGGUGAAGCCGGAACGCGAACGAGAGAGAGAACGUCCCCGCGAGAGGGAGCGUGACCGUCGUGACUCUGUGCGAACUCGCGGGGGUGGCGGUCGUGGAGAUCAUUGGGAGCCCGAGGACAGACGAGGCGGGGAUCGCCGUCGUCGCUCUCGUUCACGCUCCCGUUCACGUCGUCGUUCUGCCUCUCCACGACGACGCCCCAGACGCUCCCGAUCGCGCACGCACUCCCCAUCUCGGAGUCGCAGCCGUUCGAGGUCUCGGGACCGUAAGCCGUCUGAGCCGUUCCCGCGCUCGCUUGGUGGCCCCAUGAAUGCGCCGCAUGAAGAGGCCGUCGAGUUUGCCAAGCUGAGCAAACGUGAAAACCGGGUCUAUGUCGGCAACCUGAGCUACGACGUCAAGUACCGUGACUUGAUGGAAUUCAUGAGGGGAGCUGGUGAGGUCCUCUUCGCGGAAGUACUCGUCACACCGACCGGAAUCUCCAAGGGUUGCGGCAUCGUUGAAUUUGCCUCCCAUGAAGACGCUCAACGCUCUGUUCGAGAGCUUUCGGAGUCUCCGCUGCUUGGUCGUCCGGUCUUCAUUCGCGAGGACCGUGAAAAUGAGUCCCGUUUUGGUGCUACACCUGUACCAGGGAAAAUUGGGAUGGCUAUGGCAGGACAGGGCCUGCAUGCAGCACCACCGCCGCGUCCGGCGUACCACAACUCCUUUGGCGGUGCUAAUAAUCCUGGUAAUCAACUGUAUGUUGGAAAUCUACCUUACCAAGCUGGAUGGCAAGAUUUAAAGGACCUGUUCCGAUCCGCCGGGAACAUUGUUCGUGCUGAUAUCAACAUCGGUGCCGACGGUCGGCCCAAGGGGAGCGGUACUGUCAUUUUUGAGACAGCGAAGGAUGCCGGGCAAGCCAUAAGCAUGUACAACGGGUUUGACUGGUACGGCAGGAUUCUCGAAGUUCGUGAGGAUCGUUACGCCGGUCUCUCUGGCUCAGGCGGCUUCCGCGGAGGGCUACGUGGCCUCAGAGGUGGCUUCCGCGGCGGUCUGCGUGGAUUCGGCGGGCGCGGCGGCUUUGGUCGUGGUGGCGGCGGCGGCGGUGGUUUCGGUGGUGCCGCUGCUGGGCGCGAUUUCUCGAACCAAGAUUUGUAUGCAGACUACAUUGGCCCAGAUCAGCAGUCGGGUGGAUUAAGAAUGGACGGGUACGGGGCUCCCCCUGCCGCUGGUUUCAGUGCCCAGGCUGGAUAUGGUGCAGCGGGGUAUGAGCCGGAGCCAAGUCAACAGAUCAUGGUUCGCAAUCUCCCCUGGUCGACCGCCAACGAGGAUCUCGUCGAACUUUUCGAAACGACCGGCCAAGUCGAGCUUGCAGAAAUCUUGUUCGAAGGGACACGAUCGAAGGGUGCUGGAGUUGUUCAGUUCGCUCAGGUUGGAGAGGCUGAGACGGCCAUCGCUAAAUUCCAGCAAUAUAUGUAUGGAGGCCGUCCACUAGACGUUCGUUACAACGAUCGCUGGCACACUUUCACCCCUGGUGCUGCGAAAGGCGGACAGGCGGUACCCAUGCAGGCUGAUGUAGUCUAACUUGCUACUCCAUCUUAUUUCCUUUCUACACAGUGACAACGGUCUAUGAAGUUCGAUUGUACGCUGACAACUGCCAUUCAAAAUUCUAUUCCGCGAGUGUCACGUAUGGUUCUUUCUUUUCUACCAUUCUUUGCCUCUUGUUCGAAGCCGUGUUGAUAGUCGGUCUUCUGCCGAUUCACGGAUGGACCAUUUCGUAGCCUCGCAGGUUGGUCCAUUGCGGCGUAUGCAUCAUGCCCCACAGACAUGUGGCUCGAAGUAUUUUAGUUUAUCUGCACCUAGUCUCCCAAAACAGUUUACAAAAAUAUAAGUCUCGCUGCAAAUGU